AUGACAUGCAAGUGUUUGAAUUUUACCUAUCCCUACCCCUUUCUUUUUCGCAAAAGACCCUAUACUAACCGAAUUGGAUUGGCCUUUGUACAUUUGGUUAAAGAAAAGUUUGAUGUCUUCCAAUUCCAGAACAAUGGCUUUGAUCCAAAACUUGGAUACGGUUUCAUUCUCACUUUGGCCGAUGGAGGAGCGGUGCACAUCUGGGUUUGGGUUGAUGACUUCCUGAUCCAUGGAUCCUCCCAUGAGAAGACCACCCGAGCUUUGGCAUUCUUUCUCAACACGGCCGUCGACUGUGGUUUCCUUUUCCACCCAAAGAAAUUGGUUCCACCUCAACAAGUGGUCAAAUACUGUGGCCUCCUGUUCGACACUACCGACAUUCCAUGCCUAUGA